AUGCUAGGCGAGGAAGAGCCCGACAGUGAUGACGGCCGGUCGACCAAAUCCGGUGCCAAUGCGUCUCGAGCGAGCUCGGUGAAGAAUGACGCUGGAAUCUUGACUGCUCGCUUCAAACAUGUUGUGACGGAUGGUGGUCAUUCGGUCAUCACAGGCAGAGAUGGCGACGCUUUACAACGUUGCGAAGAUGAACCCAUCCACAUUCCAGGCGCUAUACAGAGUUUUGGCCUUCUCAUAGCCUUCAAGGAGAUAGACGGCAGGCUGCAGGUCCGGAUAGUAAGCGAAAACUCUGCCAAAAUCAUCGGUUACUCGCCAGCCCAGCUAUUCAGGCUCGACAACUUUCUCGACAUAUUCACGGAGGAGCAGGCUGACAAUUUGCUGGAACACCUCGAUUUCAUCCGCGACGACGAGGCUGCAGAUGUUUUGACAAAUGGUCCAGAAGUUUUCAUGGUUUCAAUACGGCCUCCUCAGCACCGUACUCGAAAAUUAUGGUGCGCAAUGCACACAGCGCCUUCGGACAAGGAGCUGAUCGUGUGUGAGUUCGAACUGGAGGACGACCAGGCCAAUCCACUAGUCUCACUGGACGAAGGCACCCCUGAACCACCCGAAGACACGCUUGGCAGUAAGCCCACGAACGAAGAGCUCGCCGAGAGCACAGUGAACGCCAGUAAGCCCCUCAGAGUGCUGCGCAGCGCGCGCAAGAAGCGUGGCGAGGCUGCAGCCAUGGAAGUGUUCAACAUCAUGUCACAGGUCCAAGAGCAGAUGUCAAACGCCCCGAAUUUGCAAAUCUUCCUGAAAGUUCUGAUCGGUGUGGUAAAGGAGCUUUCGGGAUUCCAUCGAGUCAUGGUUUACCAAUUCGAUCACGCGUGGAAUGGUCGCGUCGUGGCGGAGUUGGUAGAUCCGCGGGCUACCAAGGACCUCUACAAAGGUCUCAACUUCCCUGCGUCCGAUAUUCCCAAGCAGGCUCGCGAUUUGUAUAAAAUGAACAAGGUUCGUCUCUUGUACGACAGGGACCAGGAGACAGCGCGACUUGUUUGUCGGUCCCUGGAAGAUCUCGAAUCGCCACUCGACAUGAGCUACGGUUAUCUUAGGGCAAUGUCUCCUAUCCACAUCAAGUAUCUCGGCAACAUGGCAGUACGAUCAUCAAUGUCGAUCUCUAUCAAUGCCUUCGACGAGCUUUGGGGCUUGAUAGCUUGCCAUUCUUAUGGCUCGAAAGGUAUGCGCGUGUCCUUUCCCAUUCGCAAAAUGUGCCGUCUAGUGGGAGACACCGCAUCUCGCAAUAUUGAGCGGUUGUCCUAUGCAUCCCGGCUGCAGGCCCGGAAGCUGAUCAACACCACGUCGUCGGCAGCAAAUCCGAGUGGCUACAUUGUCGCAUCUUCCGAAGACUUGUUGAAGUUAUUCGACGCUGAUAUUGGUGCGCUCUCUAUACGAGACGAGACCAAGAUCCUCGGCAAUCCGACCGGUCAUUUGCAGGAAAUUCUAGCUAUAGUCGAGUAUCUUCGAAUGCGCCGUUUCAGCGCUGUGAUGACAUCGCAGGAUAUCAUGGCAGACUUUCCAGACUUCAAAUAUGCCCCUGGCCUGAAGCAGGUAGCCGGAGUACUGUAUGUUCCUCUUUCAGGUGGCGGCCACGAUUUCAUUACCUUCUUCCGGAAAGGUGUCCUUCAAGAGGUCAAGUGGGCAGGAAAUCCUUACGAAAAGUUUGUGCAAGAAGGAACGGAAGGCUAUCUUGAGCCGCGAAAGAGCUUCAAAACCUGGAGUGAGACAAUCGUCGGAAGGUGUCGCGACUGGACCGAGGAGGAGGUCGAGACAGCGUCGGUACUCUGUCUGGUGUACGGCAAAUUCAUCGAAGUGUGGCGGCAGAAGGAGGCUGCCUUGCAGAAUAGCCAGCUCACCAAAUUACUUCUGGCAAAUUCCGCGCACGAAGUUCGGACGCCAUUGAACCACAUCAUCAACUACCUUGAGAUUGCCCUCGAAGGCGCGCUGGACAACGAAACCCGCGAGAAUCUCGCUAAGUCGCAUUCGGCAUCAAAAUCUCUCGUAUAUGUCAUCAAUGAUCUCCUCGACCUGACGAAAGCGGAAGGCGGGAAAGACCUAGUCAAGGAGGAAUCUUUUGACUUGGUUGCUACUCUCACCGAAGCUACUGAGCCAUUCACGAAUGAUGCGAAACGCAAGGGCCUCGAUUACUCUGUCAGCAUCAAUGAAGCUCUCCCACGCAACGUCAUCGGUGAUGCACGAAGGGUCCGGCAGAUAUUGUCCAACCUGAUUGCAAAUGCAAUCCAGCACACGAAAGAGGGUCAUGUCAACGUCGAGGUAGCCCCGGCUGAUGCUACUACGGACAGAGUCGAAGUCGAUAUAGUAGUCGAGGACACUGGCGCAGGCAUGUCUUCUAGCAAAGUUGACGCGCUUUUCAGGGAGUUAGAGGAGGUUUCCUACGAAUUGGAAGUAUCUGACAGCAAGAUGCUCGAGAACGAUCCAUUCAGUGACCCAGAGACACCUGACAAGACCACGCUCGGCCUCGGCUUGGCUGUUGUCGCUCGCACAGUCCGCACGAUGAACGGGCAGCUGAGACUGAAGACCGAAGAAGGAAAAGGAUCAAGAUUUGUGAUUCAGCUUGGCUUCCAGGAGCAGCAGAAGCAGAUCCAAGACAAGAACGAAUUGACCCCGUUCAGCAGUCCAGGAAAGCAUCUUCUUGCUCCACCGAUGGAAGGCGAGGUGACUUUGAUCAAUCGUGCAGUAUCCCCACGCCGUGGCUCAGAAGGAGCUGUGCUGCAACGUAGGGCCAGUGCAGACAGUCUGACAAGUCUCAAGAGCCAGAAGAGUGCCAAAAGCAACAACAGUGAUCGGAGCGAUGCAGACCGGCUCAUUGACGCGAUCCAACAGCCACUCCAUCUCAGUGAAACCUCGCCUGCAGGUCCUCGUCCGGAUAGUAAAGGAGGCCACUCGGCGCGUUUGUCCAAUUCGUAUCCAUCUCCGGAAGCUAUCAGCAUGUCAUCACCACAACGUGCUAGUAGCAUUGGAUCUUCGAGGGAGUUGAGAACGGCUUUCGCUCGAACACCUGGUCAGGAGCAGGUGACUGAUUCCGGAGUACCUAUCCGCCCUGUCCGAUUACCGGAAGAGGAUUUUCAAAGAGAUUCAGAAAGACGAGCGAAGGAGGCAGGUCUCAAGAACCACGUCAAAUUCCAAGAGGACACACAACUUGUGUCAUCACCCACAGUCGAAGACCGAGAUCUUAUCGAUGCCGAUGCGUACCGCGUAUUAGUGGCGGAAGACGAUCCAAUAAACAGCAAGAUCAUGAAAAAGAGGCUGGAGAAAUUGGGACAUACUCCCACCAUGACCACAAAUGGUGAGGAGUGUGCCUCGGCGCACGGAGAUGCGGCAGCCUCUUUUGAUGCGGUCUUGAUGGAUCUACAGGCAAGUUUCCCUGUCACUAUGCCCAUCGUCGACGGCUACAGUGCCACGAAGAUGAUUCGUACCUAUGAAAAGACUCACGCGGGCACGAGUCUUUCGCCGCGAGCUAGUUGCAACUACAGGAUACCAAUCUUCGCAGUAUCGGCCUCUUUGGUUGAGAAAGAUCGUGACAAAUACAUGGACAUUGGAUUUGAUGGGUGGCUGUUGAAGCCCGUGGACUUCAAACGUGUUCAUCAAAUGCUGAAGGGAGUAGUUGAUGACGAGACACGGGACGCGUGCAUAUAUCGGCCAGGUCAUUGGGAACAAGGAGGGUGGUUCACGAAGCGUGAACGGCAACCGGACGCAUUCGCUGUUUCGACAGCACCAAGCGAGAAGUCGCCUACGAGCAAUUUCAUGGCGGUCGCGGAUGAUGAGGAGCCCAGGGCGUCGACGACUGGUAGUUUAAAGCCACGGGCAGUACCUGAGGAAGGACAGUGA